GUUCUUCCGGGAAUAGACUGCAGACCUACCAGCGUUCUGUCCUGGAUAAGGUGUUAUGGACGAUGGAUAAUAUAAACCAUAGUAUGUCGCGUACUACAGCUAGAUGAGCUUAUGGGUGCGUGUAGCGUAUUUGCAGACAAAGUCCCCCCCUUGGAUGGGUUCUCCUCUGCGGGGGCGGGGCUGGGGCUCGGCUGAAUGCCUUAUAAACGGGAGCUGGAUAAAGCGCAAAUACGCCUUCCGAAUUUCAUACAGGAGCGACGGGAUCUCGGGGUACAGUCUGUUUUCAAAAUGAUCGUCGUCAUUGAAAAUCAGGAAGCUUUUGACAAGGCGCUCAGAGAUGCAGGUGACAAACUUGUGGUUGUGGACUUCACUGCAGUUUGGUGUGGCCCUUGUCAAAGCAUCGCCCCAUUCUAUAAAAGUCUCUCCGAAAAUCCAGAUUACAUACAGGUUGUGUUUCUGAAGGUAGAUGUGGACGACGCCCAGGAUGUGGCCAGCUUUUGUGACAUCAGUUGCAUGCCCACCUUCCACUUCUAUAAGAAUGGAAAGAAGAUUGACGACUUCUCCGGAUGCAACCAGGCCAAACUGGAGGAGAAGCUGAACAAUCAUAAAUGAAGCCUUCACAUCUGCCCAUAAACACUGUAUCACUCUCAGCCUUCUUCAUCUCCAUGACUUAGUAUUGCUGGUGGUCCUGUUGUUUGAAUGGAUUUGUGUACGCCAAGCAUUCUGUAACAUACACUCAUUGUUCAAACAGCAUUAGAGCCACCAGGUUCAAAGUGAAUUUGCUGCUUCUGGUUCUUUGAUAAUUAGGCUUGUUAUUCCCAUGCUACUUAUACUUAUUUGACUUAUAGUACUAUAAUACUAUAAGUCAAAGUAUUAUUCGGCAUUUUUUACUGUCACUAAUAAACUAACAUUGACUCUGA